AUGGGGGCUGUAUUUAGCUGUUGUAGACAUAAUGCAACUGAGGAGGACGAGGCCUUGCUGAGGGAACAUCAGGCAGGCUAUGGAACGCAGGGGAACGCACCAGAUGAAUACGAUGCAGAACAAAUGCGAUUGAAAGAACAGGAGCAGAAGCUGCUGGCGAGGGAGCAAGAACUCAGGGACAUUGUCGCAAACACUAAUGACAAACUAAUAGACAUAUCGAUGAUAAACAACAGCGGAAUUGUGAUUCAAGGAACAGACCUGCAAGAAGCCCUUGAAAGAAGAGAACAAGAAGAGGGUGAAGGUGAAAAUGAAGGUGAAGGAGCACGAGAGGACGGAGGAAAUGCAGGCGAAGAAAACACCAGUGGACGGUCAGUGUCGUCGAGCCGAUCUGCAGAGAUAGCUACUCACCGUGCGGCUCCGAAGUCGCAUACAUUCACGGUGCUUACAUCGGAUUUAGCGAAAAUAUCAAAAGAACAGUUGAAAAAACUACACUCGAGCAUAUCAAACGAGAUUUUCAGCCAAUCUCAAGUAGACAAGCCAGGUCCUUUGACUGUCCCAUUUUAA